AUGCUUUCCACAAUAACGAUUAUUAAAUAUUUUUCAAUCUCCUGGUUUGUCAUCUAUUCAACUUUGGUUCUUUUUGGAUCUCCAUUGCUCAACGAUAUAUUAGAAACAGUUGCUUUAACUGUAAGUUUUUUUUUACAAUCUUCAUUCACACUUCAAAUUUAAAAAAUAAUAUUUCAGACUUUCAUCACUCUCGUCACAGUUCUCCCGAUUCUCCGUAUUGUUCCAAGCGAGAAUCACCUCGUCGAUAUAAUUUCGAAUUUUCCGGACACAUCAGAAACCUCGCCAGCUGAGAUCACACGAAUUUUAGUGGCGAUUUUUGCAGUUUUAGGACUUUGGAUCUCGUCUGCAUUAUAUCCGCUUGAUUGGGAUCGUUGGUAUCAACGUUAUCCGAUUCCUGGAUUUUUUGGAACUUUUGUUGGAGCAUUAGUUGGAUUGGCAGCUGGAACUUUCAAUAAAUACACAGGUUUUUAUUAUAAAAAAACCCACUUGUUUUGUAAAUGAACAAUUUUUACAGGAAGACUAUUUCCCGAUUCUUCCAAAUCCACUAAAAAACAAUGGUAAAGCGUAUGAAAUCGCUCGCAACAUUUGGUGCGGGACCAUUUGCGACUGGUGAUGCUGAAGGUCGUCUCGGUCAAUAUGAUAUUAAUGAUGUUCCAAAGUUACUCGCUAUUUUUCUAGCAGAAUUUGAUAAUGAAAGAGGUGCUUUCAUAAAACACCAAGUUCCCGCAGAUGUUGUUUCUCACAAACAAUUAAAAGAUAAUUCGAGUUUGAUUAUUCCGAAGACUGAAUUAUUUUUGCAUUCAAUCAAAAUUUGUUUGAAAAAUCAAAUGAAGAUUUUGGGUUAUCCAGUUGGAUUGGAUCAUAUAAAUUAUGGUCGAGGUCGUUAUACUUUCAAUAUGUGUUUUGUUGUUGCUUGGGAUUCAAAUGCUGAUUCAAUGUAUGAACCAAUUGUCCAAAAAUGUGCUGAAUAUUUAAUCGAACUUGAGCAAGAAUAUAAUUUUUUAACAAAUAAUAUUUAUCAAGAUCAAGUUGUUAAACUGAUCAAUUUCAUGUUUGAUGGUUUAAAUUCGAAAGGUGAAAGUGUUGUUGGUCUUCAAAUCGACGAUCAAAAUAUUAUGCUUUAUUUUAAACUAUGCCCAUCUUAUCGAGGAAUCGAACCACCGGAAGUAAAUGCUUAUAUGGUUCCAAUGUUUAUACGAGAUAUUAAUAUAAAUAAUCGUAUUAUUGAAAAAAUGGAUGUUUUAUCACAGAAAAUUAUUCCACGAAUUGAUGGAAUUGCGACAGUCAGGGAGAUUUCAAAUUUGUUGCAAUUGGAUGUUUCGCUCGUGGCGAGAUGUGUCAGGUUGGAUAUUUUGAAAAAUAUUGGGUUUUUCAAAAAAAAAUCCACGCUAAAACUAAAUUUGACGGAUUAUACUGAAACUCCGUCUUGUUCAACGUUUUUCCGUAUAGAAAAAAUGUUAUUUUCUGUUAUACUUUAUUACAAAAAUGUCAAAAUUUGGAAUUUUGAAGAAUUUAUUUACAAAAUUAAAAACUUAUGAACUAAGUUUUAAAUUAAAACAUUUCAAAGUUUCGAAAUGUUUCAACCAAAAAAUUCUAGUCAUAUUUAUCUUUUCAGAAACUUGCAUUUCUACGAAUGUGUCAGUCUUGUUCCAAUGUUUUUAUAUUCGAAUACUUAUGUGGCAACUGAACGGGUUCACGAUUUUUAUAUGAAUCAGACUGAAAUUACGGUAACUCCUAGUUUCGGAAAAGCGAAAAUUCAAGUUAUUUUCUUUCAGGAUUGUCUAGAAUUUGUGAAAAUUCAAGAUUCGUCUUUACCUCUUCCCGAAUUCUCCGAUGUUUUUCGUUUGUAUUUGAGUAUGAAGGUGGGGAUUUUGAAUGUUUAUUUAGAAUUAAAAAUUUCGAAAACCUUAAAAAAUUAAUUUUUCCAGUGUGGUCGAAAAUUGUUGGACUGGGUGAAAGAAGAAAAACCACGUCAAAUGAGAAUUGAUGAACAUCGAUUUGUUCAAUUCGGAAUGCAUCAUCAAUUUCUUCGAAAAUUGACAAUUUAUCCAAUUUGUUUGAUCCCGCCACAGGAAAAAACACCAAAAAAUAAGCUUCUUUGUUCUUGCAAUGGAAAAACAUCGCUCGAAGAAUUGGCAUUUGAGAAUAAUCUCGAUCCGGAUAAAUUGUACGAUUUAUUAGAGGAGAGUAAGAAAUUUGAAUUUGUGAUGAAGUAA